AUGUCGGCUACAAAGGCCAUUGCCCCCGUCGUGGCACCGUCCGACACGAACAGUGACCUCAACACGAGCGGCAAAGACGACAGCCCUGUGACUGUGACCGAGACGAACCCUGGUGAGACGAAAUCCUCCUGGUGGCGCAAGGCCGUGGGACUUGUCUGGGACUCUGUCGAGGGAGAUCCGGAGUACCGCAAGUAUGUCCAAAGGCUGGACACCUUCUUCUUCCCUACCGUCUGUUUUGGCUACUUUAUCAAGUACCUCGACCAAACCAACUACAGCAAUGCUUUCAUCAGUGGAAUGCAGACAGACCUCAACCUCUACGGUAAUGAACGCAACUGGUUGAACACCUGGUUCAGCCUGGGCAUCAUGAUCGGCAGUGUGCCCGCCCAGAUGUCACAGCUGAGCUUCAUCAGACCGUCGAUUCUCAUCCCAUCAUGCGAAGUCAUUUGGUCGCUGCUGGUGAUCGGCAUGGGCUUCGCCAAGAACAUCGAAACCAUGUACGCUCUACGUUUCUUCAUUGGGCUUUUCGAGGCGUGCGCGUUUCCCGGUUACAUUGCGAUGCUGGGCGGAUGGUACGGUCCCAAGGAGCUCACCAAGCGGCUGGCCAUUCUCCUCCAGGUCGAGUCCAUCGCAAGCAUGUUCAGCGGUUAUCUGCAGGCCGGCCUGUACUCAAGCAUGAACGGCCGUCACGGCAUUGCCGGGUGGAGAUGGUUGUUCAUCAUGGACGCGAUCAUCUCGCUUCCCAUCGCCAUCUGGGGGUUCUUCGGACUCCCCGAUCUGCCUCACAACACGAAGGCGUUUUACUGGUCGCCCGAGCAUAUCAAAUACGGCAUCGAAAGAAUCGAGAAAUUCGGCCAGAAGGCCCAGCAGAGGCUGACCUGGAAGGAAGCCAAGCGCAUUUAUCUCGGAUGGGAGAUCUGGGUAUUUGUCGUCCCAUACACCAUGGUGGCAGCAUGCCAUUCGGCAACAAGCUAUUUCAACUUGUGGCUCAAGGCCGCUGGCUACAGCGUCGUGGAUGCCAACAUCUACCCGACCGGCGGGAGCGCCCUGAACAUUGUUGCGACGGUGAUCUGGGGCAUUAUCGCGGACCAUACCGGGCAGAACUACCUGAUGAUUAUCAUCGUCCAGGCUCUGAUGAUUCUGUCCAACAUCCUUCUUUCUGUGUGGUACAUCCCCAAGGGCGCACUGAUGUUUGCGUACUAUCUGUCGUACGCCGGAUCGGCUGCCACCCCCGUUCUGAUUAGCUGGGCCAACAGACUCAAUGCAGGCGACCCCAGCUUACGACAACUUCUGGUGGCCACCGCAAACGUCGUCUCUUAUGCAUGGGUUCUCUGGGUGCCUUUGGUUUUGUUCCCGACGUACGAUGCACCAAAGUACAAAUAUGGAUACCAGAUUCUCAUCCUUUUCGGAGGUCUCGCCAUCAUCAGCGUCACUCUGAUGUGGUACAUGUACAGAAGAAGAGAGUAG